GGCUUCAAUUACACACAAAAACGGGGAAGUUGUGUCAAUUUUGACCCGCGCCCAAAGCAUCCUCACCAAACCGACCGGAGUGUGAGAAGCCGCCGCGCACCCUCCCUCCCUCCGCAAACGCCCCAGCAGCCGAACGCGAUAGGCGAAGCCUCCUCGUCGCUCUCCAUCCGUUCUCUAUCUUUUUCCUCCCUCCUCCCCACCUCCCCACCUCCCAGGCAGAGAACCCACCAAGAAAAAACACGAAAAGGAAUAUUCCAACGCACCGGAAAGUGUCAAAUUCCCCCCUCCCGUGAAAUCUCCCGAUGUAAAGUUCCGAUUUUUAUGAAUUCCAUCUUCCGAUUCUUCCCUUCCCCCGUUCCACGCGAUAAAAUCCAACCACCGAUCCUCCUCUUCUGGUGGGUUUGCUGAACUGGCCGUUUGAUUCACUGGGUCUUCAUCCUUUUCCUCUUUUGCGGCUCUUUUUAUUAUUAUUAUUAUCUUUUUUUUUGGGCUUUUUUUCCUUCUCCUUUCUGGGUUGGCCGUCGAUCGGUGGAGGGGAAUCUUUUUUUCGGGUCGCGGCCAUGAGGGUUUGGGUGGUGAUGUUGAUGGCGUGGGUCGCCGUCUGGGAUCCAGUCGGAGGCUCGCCGACCGGCGCCGUUUGCGAGAAGGAGACGCUUGCGGGAUCGAUCGUGGGGUUUCGGGAUUCUCGCUGCUCGUUGGAUGGUCGGAGUGAAUCUGUCGAGUUCGUUGGCGUCACCGAGGGUGAUGAGCUUUCACUGCAAAGGGCACUGAGUAUGGUCCACAAAAAUAGCGAGGAGUAUGUAGCUGUGCUUUUCUAUGCAUCAUGGUGUCCUUUCUCGAGGGUGAUCAGACCACGUUUCUCCCUCUUAUCCUCUUUGUAUCCCUCCAUUGCUCAUUUUGCUAUUGAAGAAUCAUCUGUGCGCCCAAGCAUCCUCUCAAAAUAUGGUGUCCAUGGGUUCCCGACGCUUUUCAUAUUGAAUUCCACAGUUCGUGUACGCUACCAUGGCCCUCGGACCCUUGAUUCUCUUGUGACUUUCUACAAUGAUGUCGCUGGUAUGAAACCCUCGACCUCGGAGUGGCCAUCAUUGGAAGAAAUUAAAACUCUAUCGAACUAUGAGAAGCAUGAUACCACUGAGUUGGAAAGCUGCCCAUUCUGGUGGGCAAGAUCACCUGAGAAUAUGCUUAGACAUGAAACAUAUCUGGCUUUGGCGACCACGUUUGUGCUCUUGAGAUUGCUGUACUUCCUCUAUCCGACUCUCGCCAUAUGUGUUCAGUGGGCAUGGAGAAGGCACAUCCAAAACAUGGGCUUGCUGAGCUUGUUAGGCCAUUUCCUGGCUUAUUUUAAGCGGGCCACGCAGCUAUCGAAAUCAAUUAAAGAACCACGGAAGAGAAGCAAUUUACAGGAAGGAGCGAGGAAUGCUGGUGUUUGGGCUUCUAAAUCCCUUGCUACUGUUUCAAUCGGGGAUGCAAGCACGAGCAGGAGUCACUGAUCAUUUUGCAAAUGAUGGUGUGAUUCACGACUGUUGGUGUGACAAGUCACCAUGAGAACUCAGCAGCAGACCCUCGUUGCGCAACUCAUCUUUAGACACAGGCUAAGCAUUAAACGUGGACAGCUGAUAAUCUGAUGAUCGUUUAGAUCACUUUGUAUUCUCAUUCCUGAUGAAUGACAACCGGUCAGAUUUGUAUAUUGAUUUCCUUCGGAAGUAGAUUGUGAAGCUUCAUUGUAGCAAAACACGAUCAUCAUGAUUGUUGGUUAAGUCACUACUCAUUUUGGUAUUUUAGUUUUGUGUAUACUAAACUGUUAUGCAAUAA